AUGGCAGCCGGCGCAUCGCAGAAGGACCUCAUCAAGACGCUCAACUCGCUCCAGGACACGUUCGCGGCCAUUGGCGGCGAGACGGUCGACUUGCCCCAGAUCGUCGUCGUCGGGAGCCAGAGCGCCGGCAAGAGUUCGGUCCUCGAGACCAUCGUCGGCCGCGACUUUCUCCCUCGCGGUCAGGGCAUCGUCACCCGUCGUCCGCUCGUCCUCCAGCUCGUCCACACGCCCGCACCGCUCUCGUCGGCCCCGAGCGCCCAGACCAACCCGGGCAACGCCAACCCCAACUUUACACUCCCGUCCGGGUCCGAGGGCGAGGCGCCGCAAGAGUACGGCGAGUUUCUCCACGUCGACAAGCGGUUCUACGACUUUGGCGAGAUCCGCAAGGAGAUCGAGAACGAGACGCUCCGCGUCGCCGGCGGCAACAAGGGCAUCUCGCGCCUGCCGAUUCACCUCAAGAUCUUCUCGCCCAACGUCCUCAACUUGACGCUCGUCGACCUGCCCGGCUUGACCAAGAUCCCUGUCGGCGACCAGCCGACCGACAUCGAGCGCCAGAUCCGCAACCUCGUCCUCGACUUUGUCAGCAAGCCCAACUGCGUCAUCCUCGCCAUCUCGCCGGCCAACGUCGACCUCGCCAACUCCGAGUCGCUCAAGCUCGCCCGGGCCGUCGACCCGCAAGGCCGCCGCACGAUCGGCGUCCUGACCAAGCUCGACCUCAUGGACGCCGGCACGCACGCCGCCGACAUCCUGACGGGCCGCGUGUAUCCGCUCAAGCUCGGCUUCAUCGGCGUCGUCGGCCGCAGCCAGCAGGACAUCAACGCGGCCAAGCCCAUGAGCGACCAGCUGCGCACCGAGGAGGACUUCUUCCGGACGCACCCUGGGUACCGCAACAUUGCGCACCGCUGCGGCACCAAGUUCCUCGCCAAGACGCUCAACCAGGUCCUCAUGAACCACAUCCGCGACAAGCUCCCCGACAUGAAGGCCCGGCUCAACACGCUCAUGGGCCAGACGCAGCAAGAGCUCAACGCGUUCGGCGACAGCGCCUUUCUCGGCGAGGGCCACCGCGGCACCCUCAUCCUGCAGCUCAUGACGCAGUUCGUGCGCGACUUUGUCGCUUCGAUCGACGGCACGAGCCUCGAGAUCUCGACCAAGGAGCUGUGCGGCGGCGCGCGCAUCUACUACAUCUUCAACGACGUGUUUGGCCACGCCCUCGAGUCGAUCAACCCGACGCAGAACCUGACGACCCAGGACAUCCGCACCGCGAUCCGCAACUCGACGGGCCCGCGCCCGAGCCUGUUCGUCCCCGAGGUCGCGUUCGACCUCCUCGUCAAGCCCCAGAUCAAGCUCCUCGAGCCGCCGAGCUUGCGGUGCGUCGAGCUCGUGUACGAGGAGCUCAUGAAGAUUUGCCACAACUGCACGUCGACCGAGCUCCAACGGUACCCUCGCCUGCACGCCCAGCUCAUCGAGGUCGUGUCCGAGCUGUUGCGCGAGCGCCUCGGCCCGACGAGCGAGUACGUCCAGAGCCUGAUCAGCAUCCAGGCCGCCUACAUCAACACGAACCACCCGGACUUUGUCAAGGGCAGCGCGGCCGCCGCGCAGGAGAGCGCACGCGUACAGCGCGAGCGUCGCGUCCUCGCGGCCGACGCGGCGUCGGCGGGCGCGCUCGGCGGCGGCGGCGGAGCGGGAGGAGCAGGCGGCGGCGCGAGGGGGUCGGACCGGCGCAGGAGCGGCGGCGUGACCGAGGCCGAGGACGGCGAGGACCAGCAGGGCUCGUCGUCGUCGGGCCGGCAGCAGUACUCGUACCCGCAGCAGGGCGGCCAGUACUCGCACCAGCACGGCUCGUCGUCGCCCAUGCCCGUCGCGCUCGGCGGCAACGCCGGCGCGCACCACGACCGCCACGCCUCGUCGGCCAAGGAGUCGUUCCUCACCUACUUCUUCGGCGGCAACCCGGUCGGUUCGGUCGGCGGGCUCGCUGGCGGGAGCCACGGCGGCGGCGGCGACAUGGCGCACGCGCACGCGGCGACGAGGGGCGGCGCCGAGUUUGGCCAGGCCAACCCGCUCAGUGGGCGCAAGGGCCUCGAGGGCAAUGCGGCGGCGUUCGAGAUGAAGAGUCUCGACAAGCACCUCGAGCCUUCGCCGUUGAGCAGCACGGGCGAGCCGCAGUUGACGGACCGCGAGGAGCUCGAGACGGGCCUGAUCCGGGCCCUCAUCGCGAGCUACUUCAGCAUCGUGCGCCUGACGAUCCAGGACCUCGUGCCCAAGGCCAUCAUGCACCUCCUCGUCAACUUUUCGCGCGAGAGCGUGCAGAACCGGCUCGUUGCGAGCCUGUACAAGGACUCGCUCUUUGACGAGCUCCUGCACGAGGACGAGGCGCUCACGGCCGAGCGAACGCGGAUCCAGAACCUGCUGCGGGCGUACCGCGAGGCGUUCCAGCGCUGUCCGAGGUGCUGUAGCCGAGCUGCGCGCUGUCGACCCUCGCCGUGUACCUCUCUCUCUCUCUCUCC